AUGAACCAAGAUUCAUGGCCAAAAUCGACAACUUCAAUCGCACCACAGCUAUACAAAGACUCUUUGGCAUUUUGGCUACUGAGGAUGCAUGGAUUUAGUGUAUCUCCAAGUACGAUUUCUAAGGGUACCGAUCUUAUGUUUUCGGGAGAAAAUGAACUUGAGGAGGCAAGAUCCCUUUCAAGAAAGUUGCUUGAGAAAAUCAUAGCAAUGGGAAACAAAGAUCAGCGUACUGUUCCUUUCCCAAGUUUCCUGUCAGUGAUUAAGCACGAGUUGAGGUUUCCAUGGAUGGCUCGGCUGGAUCACCUGGAGCACAGAAUGUGGAUGGAAGAAAAGGAUAGCACCGCUCUAUGGAUGGGAAAAGCCUCCUUCCAUAGGUUAUCAAGCCUUCAUAAUGACAAACUUAAGCAACUGGCUGUGCAAAACUAUGAGUUUCGACAAAUGAUAUACAAGAGCGAAUUGGAAGAACUGACAAGGUGGUCUAAGAGCUGGGGCCUUAGUGACAUGGGAUUCGGCCGAGAGAAAACUGCUUAUUGCUACUUCGCCAUUUCUGCUAGCACAUCACUGCCUCAGGAUUCUGAGACAAGAUUGAUGGUAGCAAAGAGUGCAGUAGUUAUCACGGUUGCUGAUGAUUUUUAUGAUAUGGAAGGCUCUUUAGAUGAUUUGGAAAAAAUCACAGAAGCAGUUCGAAGAUGGGAUGCUAAAGGCUUGAGUGGCCACAGUAAGACUAUCUUUGAUGCCCUUGACAACCUUGUAAAUGAAUUAGCAAGAAAACACAUUCGACAACGCGGAACUGAUAUAACAGACAAUCUCCGAAAUAUAUGGAUCGAAACAUUUGCUUCCUGGUUUACGGAAGCUAAAUGGAGCAGAAGUGGAUUCAUACCAGCAGCUGAGGAGUAUCUUGAGACUGGCAUGACAUCUAUUGCUUCACACACCAUAGUUCUUCCAGCUUCAUGUUUCUUGAAUCCAAGCAUUCCCACUCACCAACUCAAUCCAGCCCAAUAUGAAAGCAUUACCAAAUCAUUAAUGGUUAUUUCUCGCUUGUUGAAUGACAUACAAAGUUAUGAGAAGGAACGAAAGCAAGGGAAAACGAACUUUGUCACUCUCCACUUAAAAGAAAAUCCAGAGGCAGACAUCGAAGAUUCAGUUGCUUAUGUCAGAGAGAUUCUUGACAAAAAGAAGAAAGAGCUGCUGGAACAUGCUCUGAUGGAUGGUUUUAAUGAUUUCUCUAAAUCCUGCAGGCAUCUCCACUUAUCUUGCGCCAAAGUUUUUCAGAUGUUCUUCGAUUCUAGCAAUAGAUAUGACUCUAACACAGAAAUGUUAGAAGACAUUCAAAAGGCAAUUUAUAUUCCUGUAGAAGUUGCAGCACCAAAGCCACCAAAACCUCUGCCUCUUCCUUCCCCAUCAACGAAGAGAUAUCAGACAGUAACCAGCUAUCACAUCGAUCAGCGGUUCAAAAAUCGCAACAUUGGACUUGCUCCAAGAAGUGUUGUUUCUCGGCCUAUUUUUGGAACAUCAGAAAAUGAAGUCAAAUUUGAAAAUCAAGUAAAGGGGAUCAAAUUUGAAAAUCAAGCAUCGGGGAUGUUAUGCCCUUCUUGGAAAAGAAUUGAGGUGUAA